ACACAUUCUUAUUUUGAGUGAACCAGCAGUGAUGCAAUUUAUGAAAUAAAUACGAUUUCACAUUUAUUAACGUGUAAAUUAUGUAAUCUUUACAUUCAAAUAGUGUAGACUAUAUAGCAAUUAAUCGCGGUCGUGGAAGGAACGCAUCCUUCAAUCAAUGACAGGUGGCGAGUUGACAGCGUAUUCGGCCUCGGAAGAUAUUUCGAACGUUAUUUUUACCAACAAUACUGCGUAAAAUAUACAUAAAAACAUGCAACAAAUAACAGUAUUCAUGGAUAUUGAAAGUUCACGAUCGUAUAUCGACGAGCUGUAUUCGUCAGAUGCGCCUAAGGUUGUGGAGGCCUUAGUGGCGCUGAAGAACUCAGUGAUAGGCAGCAACAGACAGAAGAGUUCGGUGAUACAGCAAGGAGUAGUGCCGAGGUUGCUGCAACUAAUGUCAGAUGAAACACUGGACCCCAACAUAAGACUUGAAGCCACCAUCACAAUCGGUUCACUUGCAAAAGGCACAACAGAGAAUGUGAACUCCUUAGUAGAGCAAGGUACCGCCACAGCACUGGUGGAACUCCUCAAAACUGCACCGGUUGGCACAAAGUUGGCAGAAGCUGGACUAUGUGCACUGCGGAGUGUGUUCAUGACCCCACCUGCACCUAUAUCAGCCUUGCCAGCAGACAUGAGGCUUCUAACGAGGCUUACACAAAUAGCCCGCGAAGGUUCACCAACAGCCCGAGCAUGCGUGGUCCGUAUCCUCUCAAUCUGGUGCGGAGGUGCGGGGGAACAAGAGGCGUUAUGUGCCGCGGGGGCUUGCGAGGCCGCUGCAGCGCUUUUAGCGGCCACACCACCGGCGGCGCCAGCGCUGCCGGCGCUUGAUUUACUGGCUGCAAUGUGCUUUGAAAAUACAAAUGUGUCACAUAUUGCACUGAAUACGAGGCAUGGUGACAAAACAAUCCCAGAGCUGUUGUCAACAUUAGUGUGUCGGGACAAGCCGUUACCAGUCGCGAUGGGUGCUGCAAGAUGCCUUACAUUCAUGCAUCGAGCUAAUGCUUUGCCUGCUGAUGAUGCUCGCGUGGUGUUUGGCGCUCUCCCGUGCCUCGCCCGGCUGUGCACAAAGGACAUGCCGGAAGACAUCCGAGCGUCCGCCGCCGAGACCUUAGCUUAUCUAGCAGAGGUAGACACAUCCCUCCAAAGGUUAGCAGCGAUAUCAAAUCACCUCAUGACGUCACUAGCAGAGAUUGUCAACUGCCAAUCUCCGGCAGCUAAGCAAGGCGCGUUCAAAUGUUUCGCGUCUCUCGGCGCUAAUGACGAGGAUAUUCGCAAGAGGAUCAUUGAGACGCAUGGGCUGAUGGUCCAUGUUGUUAAUGGCAUGAAUAACCCUGAGGCUUCGGUAAGAUUAGCGGCAGUCAGAUGUCUACACUCACUUUCAAGAUCAGUGCAGCAAUUGAGGACGACAUUUCAGGACCAUGCCGUUUGGAAGCCUCUUAUGCAACUACUAACAGACUCACCGGGAACAGAACUGCUCACAGUCGGGUCAUCAACGCUCUGCAAUUUACUUCUAGAAUUUUCUCCAGCCAAAGAACCAAUGUUGGAUCAAGGUGCAGUAGAAAUGUUGUGUAAUUUGACGAAGAGGCCCGAAGCUGCUUUGAGAUUGAACGGAAUUUGGGCGCUAAUGAAUAUGGCUUUUCAGGCGGAACAGAAGGUGAAGCAGCGCAUCCUGAGCUGCCUGGGCACGGAGCAGAUGUUCCGGCUGCUGGGCGACGCCGACACGCGCGUCAUCAUGAAGACGCUCGGCCUGCUGCGCAACCUGCUGUCCACCAGGCACCACAUCGACGCCAUCAUGACCGACUACUCCGAGCAGGUCAUGCAGGCUGUGAUAGUAGUUCUAGAAGGUUCGUACCCAGCCGAGGUGAAAGAACAAGCGUUAUGUAUCCUGGGGAACAUUGGCGACGGAGAAAAGGCUAAGGAUCUCAUCAUGGCCAACGAGGAUGUGCUCAGAAAACUUGUCGACUAUCUGGUCCAGGCAUCCAAUCGGUCCUGGGGGCAAACAUCGACCGAGUACGUGACGAGAGCGAUACAAUGGGCGAUUGAAAAGACGACGGAAGGCGCACCCGGAGAGCAAGCUGCAGGAGGCGGCGCUGUUCGUGUGCGGCAACCUGGUGUGGCGCGGCGAGGCGGGCGCGGCGGCGCGGCAGGCGCGCCUGGCCGAGCUCGGCGUGCUGCGCGCGCUCAAGCUGCUGCGCGCAAGGCACGACGCCGCGCAUCUGCACGACAAGUGAGUAUACACAGUAGCCCUGCUACCUGGUGUGGCGCGGCGAGGCGGGCGCGGGGCCGAGCUCGGCGUGCUGCGCGCGCUCAAGCUGCUGCGCGCAAGGCACGACGCCGCGCAUCUGCACGACAAGUGAGUAUACACAGUAGCCCUGCUACCUGGUGUGGCGCGGCGAGGCGGGCGCGGGGCCGAGCUCGGCGUGCUGCGCGCGCUCAAGCUGCUGCGCGCAAGGCACGACGCCGCGCAUCUGCACGACAAGUGAGUAUACACAGUAGCCCUGCUACCUGGUGUGGCGCGGCGAGGCGGGCGCGGGGCCGAGCUCGGCGUGCUGCGCGCGCUCAAGCUGCUGCGCGCAAGGCACGACGCCGCGCAUCUGCACGACAAGUGAGUAUACACAGUAGCCCUGCUACCUGGUGUGGCGCGGCGAGGCGGGCGCGGGGCCGAGCUCGGCGUGCUGCGCGCGCUCAAGCUGCUGCGCGCAAGGCACGACGCCGCGCAUCUGCACGACAAGUGAGUAUACACAGUAGCCCUGCUACCUGGUGUGGCGCGGCGAGGCGGGCGCGGGGCCGAGCUCGGCGUGCUGCGCGCGCUCAAGCUGCUGCGCGCAAGGCACGACGCCGCGCAUCUGCACGACAAAGUGAAGACGGCUCUGGCGCAGUUUAACGACUUCUCAUAAUGGCACAAGGGCCGCAGACACAAACGUAUGAAACGAUAGUGUCUGUUUAGUUAUAGUAACGCUUGUGAUUCAGUCGCGCGCGACAGUGAGUUAUCCAGUCAUAAACCUUAUGAUAUUACGACAGUACGUCUAGCUCUAAGUAUUUAAUUGUACAUAAAUAAGUUCACAAAUUGUUAUAUCGACGAGGAGUGUUAUUGAAUUAAUUUAUUUUUAAUUUAAUUAUCUCACAGUAACUGUACAUUUCAUACCAUUCAUGUAUAUGUAACGUUUUGACGAGUAUCUCUCCCAAAGAAUACGAUACGCGUUUCCAACGACAGAGGUGCUAGAUCCCCUCGCAAAAUGGAUAUUUUUGUGAAACUAGCGGAAAAUGUAGUUAAACUACAAUAGUGUAAUUUAGUUAGUUGUUGAUAUUGCGGCCGUUUUGUAUGCGUGUGUAUAUUGGAAUCAUGUUUAUCGGUCGAAUUGUCCGACAGUGGGUGUCAUAUUUUUGUCAUUUCUCAAAAUCAGUAUUGAUUGUAUUUUGUGUAAGUUCGUACCCCUUGGUACGGUUUAAAUACUCAUGUGUACUUUAUUGUAUACUGUUUAGUUUUGGAAUGGUUGUUUUUAGUCUAAAUUCAACGUUUAUACGACGGAUUUGGCUAGCAAAGUGAGGUAGCACAGUCAAUUUUACUAUCAGUGUUACCAAUUCGCAAAAUAUUUUUUCUAUUAAAAAUUGUCUCUUUUAUUGAUGUUUCAUGUGUCUUAUAUCGUUAAGCUUUAGUCUGCUUAUAUUUAGAAAAUAUCAAGCUCAAAAUACGGCUUAAAGUUAUUAAAUAUCUUUAUAUUUAAACUUUUCCCAUCUAUCUUAUACCACGGUCGGACUAUGAAAAGUAAAUAAAUUGAUUACGAACUCACAUUUUAGAUCCUAAAUAUCAUGAAAAUAUGUUUACAAAAAUAAAUACACUUGUAAAUAAAUACUAACUGAAGAAAUAAAUGGGUUUCGUAUAUUCGUAAAGCGCGUGUCUCAAGACAACGGCGAUAUAUAACAGGUAGCUUUUGAUAACGCAUUGAAUGUAUGACUGUAUGUAGAUAACUAAUUCUAAUACUUUUACCUUCAGAAUAACUGCUUUUGGGCUAUAUUUUAUUAAUUAAAUAAAUAUACUUGAUGCCAACGCUAUGCAAAUAUUAUAUCUUCCAUUUCUAUAAAAUUGUGUAUUCUUUGACAUUAUUUCGUUGGGCUUCAAAAUAAGCGGUAAGCGGAUAGUAAAUAGAAGAAAUUUCGUCGCUGAAUUAUUGGUUUCCACCAAUAUUCUUAGAAUGGUGCAAUCUUUAAGAUUGAUUCAUUCGGUUUCAAAAUAUGGAUUUUCAAAUUUAAAUGUAGUCUUCUUUCGUAGUAUGUACUCAAAAUUCUUGUUCGUCCUUCGUCUGUUCUCCGCUUUUUUCAAGCCCAACCUAUCAGUUAGACUGAUGUGAUAUCAACCUACAUUGAUGCAUCUGAUGUAAACGCUAACUUUACAUAUUAAUUCAAAUAAAUGUGAUGUUGUUGCCUUUCUAAAUACUACGUAAUAAAAUGAACAGUACACUGGGUUUAACUUGUGAUACGAAAUCCAAGUACUAACUAUUGCGAAUUAAUAUGAAAAGUUGUAAAAUAUAUAAUUAUGUAUAUAGAGCCAGGUAGCUUAACAAAAUGUUUGUCGCUCAUUUCAUUAUGUUAUUGUUGAUAUUUCGAACACGAUCGUCGAAAUAUUGUAGGUACAUUAUUUUGGUACUUUAAUCGGUGUAAUUUAAUUUAAAUGAUGUUGGUAAUUGCAUAAAAUGUUUCGUUUGCACUCAUGUUCUGACAAAAGUAUUUUCACACUUGCUUGCCAAACAAUUGGAUAGUUUAAAUCAUGUUAAAUGUUAAAUAUUGACUUAAAUAUGUGCUAGUUAUUACAAUGUGUUCAAUGUGCGUAUGUGAAAUUAUUGAGUACCUUAAAUAUGCCUAUAUUGUGUGUGAAUUAUACAUGUUGUUCAUCUGAAUGUGUAAUUGUUUAAGUGAUAAUUCAUUAGGUAUUAAAUUAAUAUGAAGAUUUCGCUAGGAAGUUAGCUAGCAAUCUUUAUUUGGUUUUACAUUAACGAUCUUUGACAUUGACAGAAGCAAUUACCAUCGUCCAUUGUCAUAUAGGACGCAAACAAGUGUGAAAAAGCAAUAUUGAUUUUGAUGUUUUAUAUAAAUUAUAUACAAAUUAUGUUCAAAUGACUGAUAGAUUAGGCUAAUUCUUUGACGAAUAAAUGCGUUUUUGAUUAUUUCAAUGAAUGAGUCGCUUCACCAUCAAUUUGUUUUUUUUUUCUAUUUAUUAUAAAAUUCUCUUGUUCUCAAUGUACCAAGUUGUAUAAUUUCGCUCAUAUUUUUGACAUUGCGAGUUCUGAAAUGUAAAAUAUUAUUUAUGACAAGUUACGUUUUUCAUAUCUAUUAAUAUGAAGAUAAUGCGAAAAC